AUGAUCUCGCAGGGGGCUUCUCGGGCGGUGGCGCCGCCGGCGAGGAAGCACAACGGCCCUGGGAAGCCGUGGCUCGAACGGGAGACGGCGCUCCUGAUCGACGCCUACGAGGAGAGAUGGAGCUCUCUGAAGCGGGGGCAGCUGAAGGCUCACCAGUGGGAGGAGGUCGCCGGCUCCGUCGCCGCCAAACUCGGCCUCUCCCGCCCCUCCAAGUCCGGCACGCAGUGCCGCCACAAGAUCGAGAAGCUCCGCCAACGGUACCGCGCAGAGCUCCAGCGAGGGGGCUCCUCCUCGCGGUGGACCUUCUUCGAUCGAAUCGACCGGAUGGAGCGAGGGCCCCUUCCGAUCUCCGUCCGCCCCCCCCCGCCGCCGUCCCCUCCUCCCCGCUCCGGCGACGGCGAAUCUGUAGAGGUGGAAGAAGAUCAGGGGCGCCGGAGAAUUUCCAGAUCGGGGCUGCGCGAGGAUGAGUGGGCGGCGAGGGAGGUGGCGGCGGCGGUGAGGCGGUUCAGGGAAGGGCUGGCGAGGUUGCAGAAGAGGAGCCUGGAGAUGGUGAUCGAGAUGGAGAGGGACUGGACGAAGAUGGAGACCAGGAGGACGGAGAUGGUGAUCGAGUCCCAGAGACGUCUGGUGGAGGUCAUCGCCAUGGCUUUCUCCGCCAAGAAGAAGCCCCGAAGAUCCCACCGCACCUGA